AUGUUUGUAUUGGAAUUGCCCACACAAAUGGCAAUGGAACGAACAGGAAAAAGCAUUGAGUGUGUCACCGACUGGUUUAAAAUGUGCCGAGAGGUAUGCACAGCUGUUUUGAAGACUAAAAAAAAAGUGGUUGAAAAUGCACAAAAUCCAAUUCAGAUUGACGAAGCUCGUUUCGCUGGCCGAAGGAAGUACAAUAGGGAUAGAUUAUUAGCUGGAGACGCUCCUCCCUCUUUGAAAGAUAUAAGCGCUAAGGUAAUCAAUAACCGAAAUCACGGUGCACGGGUACGUGGCUCCCGGGUAUUUGGUUUAAAAAAUGGGAACGAUUGUCGUUAUUUUUAUGUUCAUCGACGCGAUCGAGAAACACUUCUACCGAUAAUAGAACGUGAAUGCGAGGCAGGAUCAGAAAUUCAUUCCGAUGAAUGGGCCGCAUACAAGUGUCUCACAACGUUCCUCCUCCUAGUCGCACUAUUGUUAACAGGAUCAUAG